GCCAGGUUUAAUAAUAAGAAAUCAUAUUUAGCUGUAUAACCCAGUCACGAAAGGGUUAACUUUCAUUUUGUAUCUUUGAUGGACUUGUGAGUGAGCCAAUGGGUGAAUUCUAUGAGGCACUGAGCUGACCAAUCAGUUGCCAGAUAGGCUCCGUUACGGUUACGCCUCUAGUUUUGCGUCACUGCACGUUCUUUUGGCGCUUGCACUUGAGCAUAUGAGGUUGCGUUAUCUGCUUGGUAAGAUGUUCAAAACAAUAUGAAGUGAAUUAAACAAGAUCUGUUAUCAUUAUGUAUUAUAAUGAUUAUACUUUAUUGUAAUAUAGAGUGUAAACAAAAGCUGUGCCUGAAUCCACUGUUGUCACGGAGCUAAAGGCAGUGAAUUCCGUUAAAAUGGUCAGGUUUUGGUAAAGAGUUGGAAACAUCGUGCGGAGAUCCUUUGCAUGGGGUAAUACAGAUCCAGACGUCCAUCCAGAGAUUCAUUGAUUCCCAGUCCGCGUGGCUGGGUGGCGAGCCAACCGUGUUUGAGAACGAAUCAAGUUGCUUUGGACAAACUACCCGGAUCAUCCUCUUCAUCUUCGUUGUGGUAGGACAAACACUAACUCAAACUGAAAAAAAGGGCCCCAACGGUGAAAUUGAAUUCUGGUCAACCAAGGCAAGUCGAACCGAGAACGAACUGAGCUCAAAGAAACUGAAAAGAGAGGGUUUUGUUUUGUUUAUGUGCGCACUUUAUUAUUUUAGUUUGUUAUUUUUCAUAAAAUGUGUUUUUUAUUGUAUGUAUGUUCCACCUGUGAAUUUAAUACAGGUUGUCUAAACUGUCAUUCUGGUGUGGUAUUUCUUUCAUAAUUGACAUUCAAUUCUCAGGCUCUUAACAAUUUAGCAUCUUCUGAUUCUGGUCCAACUACGAUUACUUUAGACUAUCAAACCUAUGUGCAUUAUUUCUACUACCUCGUAAGAAAGGGUUACAUUCUUGGCGAGCCAGCCAGGAGCCAGAGACAUUGAAUAUCAAUAUUGAAAGAAUAUACUAAAUGGAUUUCAUACAGAAGUCAGGUGUUAAAAUUCCAAAUGCAGUGAUCGUUAGUGGGGUAACCCAGGUAGCAGAUAAGGAUGAUCAGGUCGUUGACUUCCUUAGGGAGUAUGGGUCCAUCGAGGAAGUUCUUCUCGUUGAUGAUUGUGAAUCAGAUUUUUACCAAAACCUGAUCAUUGAGUUUUCAAGCGGUUCAGCUUUAGUGGACUUAGAGCUACUUUUGCCAUACACACACACAGUACAGGGGGAUCCAUGUACUAAAUAUGUUGUAAAGGCAUUAAGCAGUGUUUACACUACGCAGAUUGGCACUAAUGCUACAAAAACUUAUCUAACUGAGUUAAGGGGCUUAGCCAGGCUAAGUGGCAAAGACUAUGGGGAGGUGUUGAAAGAGAUGAUGUCUCAGAUUGGUGAAGAUAUUGAAGCUAUGAAACCCGUAGAUUUAGAAGUUUCCCCUUCACAUGUUGAGACCCCAGUUGUGAACCUUCAAACCCCUACCCCUAAAGAUCAACAGCCCUAGUCUCACUUUUGAAUCCCCCACGGGCAGGAAAUUGCUUAGAUGCCACUGAUUCAGUCCUGUUCACUAAUGGAGGGAAAGCUCCGUCCCUUUCAGUGAGUGACAUAAACCCAGCAGAGAUACAGAAGGUGGUUGUUGAGCAUAUUGUAAGGAGUGAAGGUGUUAGCCCACACUUGCAAUCUCCAGUAAGGCUUCGUUCCUUUUCUGGAAAGAUUCCUAGACCCAGUAACGAAGCUGAUUACGACACUUGGCGCUCACACAUCGAACUUCUGUUAAGUGAUCCUAGCAUGUCCCAUCUUCAGAUCUCAAGAAAAAUUCUCGAAUGUCUACUUUCACCUGCAGCAGAUGUGGUUAAAGGGCUACGGCCUGGGUCUCCCCCCCUCGCUUACCUGCAGCUCUUGGACUCAGCCUUUGGUACUGUUGAGGAUGGGGAAGAACUCUUUGCCCAGUUUAUGAACACCCUUCAAGACCCGGGUGAGAAACCCUCCACUUAUCUUCAUCGAUUGCAAUUAGCAUUGAACCUAGCUGUCAAAAGGGGUGGGGCUGCACCGGCCGAUGUAGAUAAACUCCUACUCAAACAGUUCUGUAGAGGAUGCUGGGACAAUUCUUUACUUUCUUGCCUGCAACUUGAGCAGAAGAAAAGCAACCCCCCUUCAUUUGCUGACCUCUUGCUGUUACUAAGGACAGAAGAAGAUAGACAGUUAGCAAAAGCUAGUCGUAUGAAAAAACACAUUGGCACCACCAGGCAACGUGGCCAGCUUCAGCUCCAAAGUGCGUGGGCCUGUUCAGAGUCAAGAGAGAAAUCAGAGGUCAGUCUCAGUGUUAUUGAGGAUCUUGGGAGGCAAGUAGCCAGUUUACAAAGCCAAUUAACCUAUUUGAUGGCACAGAAAAAGACAAAGGGGACUGAUAACAUGGGUGCAGCAGGGAAAAGUCCAGGCAAAGUACAAAAACCAGACCGUGCUAACACAGACAUGAUAAAACAGGCCAAGAAAAAGCAGACUAACAGACCCAGGCCUUGGUACUGCUUUAACUGUGGGGAGGAUGGGCACAUUGCCCCAGUUUGCAAAGACAGGGCAAAUUCUGCUUUAGUAGCUGAAAAGAAAAAACAGUUAGAGGAGAAGCAGCACAAGUGGGAUGCACAAAACAGUCUCAGCUUGCCUUUAAACAACUAGCAGUUCCUGUUGGGGGACAAACAGGGACUGAAGAGAGUCAACAACGUCCCUCAGAUGUAAACGGUAAAGACAAGGCUGAAGUAUGUACUAAUCUGAAACAUUCAAGUAAGAACCGCCCUUUUAAACUCCCUAAGGGGUUGGUUGGUACCAAGAGUACUGCUAAAGUUAACAUAAGAGGUAAAGAAGUCAGCUGCCUACUGGAUACCGGUUCACAAGUAACAACAGUUCCCUGGUCAUUUUAUGAACAGCACUUUCCAGAGCAGGAGAUUAAACCACUACAUGAUCUAUUGGAGGUGGAAGGAGCGAAUGGACAGUCCGUACCCUACUUGGGUUACAUAGAAAUGACAGUAACUUUUCCAAAGGAGUUUAUUGGAGCGUCAAUGGAUAUAAAUACACUUGCUUUGGUUGUUCCUGACAUUCGAGCCACGUCACAGUCUCUUGUGCUUAUAGGCACCAAUACGCUGGAUGUACUGUAUGACAUGUAUUUCGAAGCUGGAUUGACACGCCAUCAACCAAUCUCACAUGGAUAUAAAGCGGUUCUUAAAUGUCUUGAGCUUAGACAAAAACAGACCAACAACAGUCAACCCAGUGUAGUAACAUUGCAAGGCAGAAGUUCUAAAAUCAUUCCAGCUGGUGAAACUGUAGUAGUUGAGGGAGUUGCUGUAGCUUAUUGCUUGCAGAAUGAGAAGUUUGUAGUCAUUGAGCAGCCAUCAUUACCCUACUUACCGGGUGGCUUGCUGGUAACAGCUAGCUUAGUCGACAUUCCCCAGCAGCGGCCCUAUAAGCUACCAGUGGUCAUCAGUAAUGAGUCUAACCAUGAUAUAGUCAUUCCUGCUAAAUGUGUGAUUGCAGAGAUAAGUACUUACCAGAGCAUCUUGUUACGGGAGCACAGUGUAGUUAAACAAUCAG